AUGAGCGAAAAGGCCCGUUUAAAAUGCACCAUCUACGUGGGAGGUCUUGACCAGGCCGUCACCAUGCAGACGCUGGCCGAGGCCUUCGUGCCCUUUGGGGAAGUCGUCGACAUCACCCUCCCCAAACCGGAUCUGCCCAACUCGAACGACGCCCACCGCGGGUUCGGAUACGUGGAGUUCGACCUGCCCGAGGAUGCUAAGGAGGCGAUCGACAACAUGGAUGGGAGCGAACUGUACGGGCGGACGAUCAAGGUGGCUGCCGCCAAGCCGCAGAAGGACAGCAACGAGGGACUCGGCAGCAAGACGGCUAUCUGGGAACAGGAGGGCUACUUGGCCAAAUACGCCGUCAGCGAAGAAGACAAGCUGGGAGCCGAAGACGGGCAGGCGGACGGAGAACGUCAAGACCCCAUGCAGGGACUGGAAGAGCUGGACGUGGCGGGACCCAAGCCAGAAUGA